UGUGUACACGACUACACGUGUACACACUUGUAUGUGACCCUUUCCCCACAGGUUGCGCGUGGUAUCGUUCCACAUCCACAUGCUUUUAUAAAUUAUAAGCUUGUGAAAAGUUUUUCCAUUUGAUUUGAACGCAAAUUCGUUUACAUUCUUCGGUUUACCAGGUUUAUACCCAAAAGCAAGAGUUACACCAUGGAAAACAAUAUUAGUAUAUCUUUACUAGCCCAGUUUGAUGAUGCAUGCAUGAGAGAAUUUGAUCUUAAUGGGUGUGAUAAUGAGUUUUUGGAAUUUUCCCUUGGGCAGGAUGAAUGCCGAAAGAGGUGGCUAGAAGCUGAAAGGAAUGUGCAAAUUAUGCACAGCAAAAUAAAUGAAGCAGAAAAGAUGACUUCGAAAUUGGAAUUGCUUAACCACCAUGUAACUAUGUUGUUGAAAGAGGAAGUUAAAGUAAGAAGUUCUAUCCAAGAGGAUAUUCGAGAAUAUCAAAGCCAGUUUGACUUGGUUCGGGACUGCCUGUCUAGUGAAAGUGAUUUGAAAGAUGAGUUCAGAGAAAAACUGCACAGUCUCAGUGUUGGUCGCUAUCCGCAUUUAAUGUCCAACGCUGCUAUUCGUGCGAUGGACAAGAUGGAAACCAUAACUGAAGUAGACAGCGCAGAAAUUGAUUCGCUAAUGGGGUUAAGUGGUAAAUCCAGCAGUGGACAAACCGAGGAUGACCUUGAACUGUCCGGAACUGUGAGAUCUUAUAGAGACCUCCGGUGCUUGAAUAAAAAAUUUUCAGAAUUGGCACCAAGCAUCAUUCCUACUUCUCAACAACGGACUUCAAAACCCGCAAAAAAUGCCGGCCCUAUAACAACAAUUGGGGAACACAAGCAAUGCAUUGUGGCAACCACUACAGUGUCUUUUUCUAUGCAAACGGGUACAACUGUGGCAAGUACAAUGAUCAAAAGCAAUCCAGGGUCAAGUAGUGAUGAAUUUCAUGAUAUGACUGAAAUUAAAAAGCAUCACAUGAAACGACAGCUUAUAAUCAAACAAACAGAGAACUGCAACCCGUGUGGACUUCGGAUCAAAUUUGGUAAAUCUGCACUGAGGUGUAUGGAUUGUGGCUUAAAUUGUCAUAUGGAAUGCGAGACGUCCAUGCCGACAUCUUGUAAUCCAAAGAUUCCCAAAACUGGAGCUACACAAAGUCGAGAAAUGGCUUCAUCGGACAAGAAAGUUUUGCGAUUUUUCACUUCGCCCUCAACGAAAAAGUGAUGCGCACCGUAAACCCAAGCAGCAUUUCUUGUUUAUUCUAUUCAGAAUAGUUUUUUAACGAAAUUUUUACUUAUGCGUAUUUCUUGUAACAGUUAAAUAGAGUUCAAAAUUCUU